AAAACGACGCUUCUUUAUCAUGAAAUCAGGUUAUCUCACGUCUCACACUGAUACACUGCGUAGGUUUGUUUGUUUUGCCGUAGUCUCUAUUAUCUAUAGUCUGCAGUUAAGACUUGUUGGAGUGUGCGUACGACGUCGUUUAUGCGUUUGACAGUGUCGAAAUUAUUUAGUAACAGGUGUGGCGCAGUGACGUUCAUUCUAAUUCGUAAUCGUGUAGGCAUUUUGGUUUUAAGUCGGCGUCUCGAACAAUUUCUUGAGUCCUUUAACCAAACUCGUCGAUUUCAUAAUGUCCGAACCUUCGGUUGUUGUCGAACUUACGAAACUUACACCAGCGGAAAUAAAGAAAUUUACUAGCAAAAAGCAAAAAAAGCAAAGAAAAUAUAAACCAAACAAGAAGCUACGCAUUGAAAAAAAUAUAAGCGUACAAAAACAGGAUUCAUCAGUGGAAUCUGAUGAGGCUAUUCCGAGUGAGAUUACCAUUAAACAAACAGUUGAUGAAAAAAAUGGAAUGGAUGAAAGCGUACAAAAACAAGUAUCAUCAGUGGAAUCUGAUGAGGCUAUUCCGAGUGAGAUUACCAUUGAACAAACAGUUGAUGAAAACAAUGGAAUGGAUGAAAGCGUACAAAAACAGGAUUCAUCAGUGGAAUCUGAUGAGGAUAUUCCAAAUGAGAUGACCAUUGAACAAACACUUGAUGAAAAUAAUGGAAUGGAUGAAAGCGUACAAAAACAGGAUUCAUUAGUGGAAUCUGAUGAGGAUAUUCCAAAUGAGAUGACCAUUGAACAAACAGUUGAUGAAAAUAAUGGAAUGGAUGAAAGCGAACAUAAACAGGAUUCAUCAGUGGAAUCUGAUGAGGAUAUUCCAAAUGAGAUGACCAUUGAACAAACAGUUGAUGAAAAUAAUGGAAUGGAUGAAAGCGUACAAAAACAGGAUUCAUCAGUGGAAUCUGAUGAGGAUAUUCCAAAUGAGAUGACCAUUGAACAAACAGUUGAUGAAAAUAAUGGAAUGGAUGAAAGCGUACAAAAACAGGAUUCAUCAGUGGAAUCUGAUGAGGUUAUUCCGAGGGAGAUGACCAUUGAACAAUCAGUUGAUGAAAAUAAUGGAAUGGAUGAAAGCGUACAAAAACAAGUAUCAUCAGUGGAAUCUGAUGAGGCUAUUCCAAGUGAGAUGACCAUUGAACAAACAGUUGAUGAAAACAAUGGAAUGGAUGAAAGCGUACAAAAACAGGAUUCAUCAGUGGAAUCUGAUGAGGAUAUUCCAAAUGAGAUGACCAUUGAACAAACAGUUGAUGAAAAUAAUGGAAUGAAUGAAAGCGUACAAAAACAGGAUUCAUUAGUGGAAUCUGAUGAGGAUAUUCCAAAUGAGAUGACCAUUGAACAAACAGUUGAUGAAAAUAAUGGAAUGGAUGAAAGCGUACAAAAACAGGAUUCAUCAGUGGAAUCUGAUGAGGAUAUUCCAAAUGAGAUGACCAUUGAACAAACAGUUGAUGAAAAUAAUGGAAUGGAUGAAAGCGUACAAAAACAGGAUUCAUCAGUGGAAUCUGAUGAGGAUAUUCCAAAUGAGAUGACCAUUGAACAAACAGUUGAUGAAAAUAAUGGAAUGGAUGAAAGCGAACAUAAACAGGAUUCAUCAGUGGAAUCUGAUGAGGAUAUUCCAAAUGAGAUGACCAUUGAACAAACAGUUGAUGAAAAUAAUGGAAUGGAUGAAAGCGUACAAAAACAGGAUUCAUCAGUGGAAUCUGAUGAGGAUAUUCCAAAUGAGAUGACCAUUGAACAAACAGUUGAUGAAAAUAAUGGAAUGGAUGAAAGCGUACAAAAACAGGAUUCAUCAGUGGAAUCUGAUGAGGAUAUUCCAAAUGAGAUGACCAUUGAACAAACAGUUGAUGAAAAUAAUGGAAUGGAUGAAAGCGUACAAAAACAGGAUUCAUCAGUGGAAUCUGAUGAGGAUAUUCCAAAUGAGAUGACCAUUGAACAAACAGUUGAUGAAAAUAAUGGAAUGGAUGAAAGCGUACAAAAACAGGAUUCAUCAGUGGAAUCUGAUGAGGAUAUUCCAAAUGAGAUGACCAUUGAACAAACAGUUGAUGAAAAUAAUGGAAUGGAUGAAAGCGAACAUAAACAGGAUUCAUCAGUGGAAUCUGAUGAGGAUAUUCCAAAUGAGAUGACCAUUGAACAAACAGUUGAUGAAAAUAAUGGAAUGGAUGAAAGCGUACAAAAACAAGAAACGUCAAUCCAAACUAAUAAGCUCAUUCCUUGUGUGAAUAUCAAACAGGAAAUGCAUAAUAACGACUACAUGGUGGACAAUGGAACCCAAUCCAUUGAUAAUAUGCCCAAUGUGUCCAACGACUUUGAUCCUAAUAUAAUUAUAAAACAAGAAGUCGAGGAUGAAGAUCAUGGUUACACAACCAAUUAUAAUGACGUUGAAGAAGAAGAUGACAAUAUGUAUGAUGAUUCAUCGAACAAUUAUAUUCCCGGUAUAUUUAAUCGAGAAAUGCAAAAUGACAACAUGGGAAACUAUAUGCAUAUACCUGCUCAAGGAAAUAUGUUUGGUCAAUCGAACAACUUUAUUCCUAAUUUUAAUUAUGGACAAGGACAUAAUGUUGUAAACAUGAGAAUGGUUUUACCACACUAUAUGUAUAAUAACAAUGGCGAAAUUCUUCCAGUGGCCUUUCAUAACAAUGACAACGAGUGGAUCAAUCAUGCACAUGGUCAUAUGUAUGAUCCAUCAAACAAUCACAUUCCUAAUAUCAUACACAGACCAGGCUGCAUUCAUAACCAUGGUUGUGUGGGACACAAUAUAUCACAAGCAAAUCAUAAUAUGCCCGGUACGUCGUAUGAUUCGGCUCCAGUAAGAAUUAAACAAGAGAAUCAUAACUAUGAUGACAUGAAUAACAUUGCACAAGGUCAUAUGUAUGAUCCAUCAAACAAUCUCAUUCCUAAUAUCAUACACGGACAAGGCUUUCAAAACAAUGAUUAUGUGGAAAACAAUAUAUCAUACCAAAAUGAAUAUAUACCUAGCUCAUCAAACGGUUAUGUUCCUUAUAUACCAAUCAAACAAGAAAUUCUCGAAGAUUGAGAUCUGUACAAAUGUUAAUAUUUAAAUAUAAUUGUUGUUCUUAUAUUUAAAUAAAUGUAUUAUAUUGUUAUUAUUUUAUAUAAUAUUAUAAUUUUAUUGUAAAAAAAUUUACUUGAAAAAUAAAUUUUUUUAUGAUCAAAAUAUUUUAUACUUAAUAUAAUCAUAAUUUGGUAGUUUCAUUGUUUUUUAAUCAAUGGUUCAUUUACAUUUUUCAAUUAUAAAUAUUAAUCAUUUAUGUACUAUAUAGGAAGUUAUUUUAAAUGAUUUUCUUAUUUCAAAUAAUUUCUGAUAUAUUUUUAUUGAAACAACAUAACUACUUUUUGUUUGUCUUAUGUUAAAAAUAUAACAAAGUAUAUAAAAUCAACUAUGCAAAAAUUAAUUAUCAAAUGUGUAUAUUGCUUUUUAAACAAGCAAUAUGCCAAUUUAAGACCAACAGUGCUUUAGAAUAAGAUCAGUAAAACUAAAAGUCCUCGUUUUAUAUCACACACAUGUAACUAUUGUCAUAAGCUUAAAACUGUAAUUCAACCUAUUAGAUACUAUGCUUAUUUUAAUUUAUCAAGACUACUUAAGUACUAUGAUCAGGUACUAAAUUAACUGUAAGUAUAUGUUAAUAAGUACAAAUUCAUCAUUUUCUGUUUUAGAUAGUAAAUGUAAAGGUAAUCUAUUAGAGAAUUUAAACUAAAAUACCUUAUUUCAUAUCAUAACUAUGUAUAAAAAUGCUCAACUUCUAAUUUGAACCAUUAAUAUUGUUAAUUCAAUUUUCAUCUCAUACGCAUCUAAAAAGAUUGAGGAUUCUUGAUGUGUAUUAUAUUGCCUAAAUGUUUUGUUAUAGCUUAUUAAGUAAUAAGAUUUUAUUGUAAUAAUGAAAAUAUAUCAAUUUUAAAAUUUUA